AUAAUACAAUGUCAGCUGGAUUAAUUGUUGGAUUAGUAAUAGCAGGAAUUUUAGUGUGCGGUAUAAUAGCAUUUUUCGUAAGAAAGAAAUUACGUGUAUUAAAAUUAAAUAAACGUAAAAGCUUUCUAAGUGAUGAUUUUAAUGAUAUAUUUAAUGUUGGAUCAACAGAACAACAUACAGCAAGUUCUAGUGGUGGUAAUGCAAGGAAUAUAGAUAAUUCAGUAUCUAGAUCGAGGUCGAAUAAUGAUCUUAAUACAGAAAGAUUAAAUAGUAAACCAUCAAAUAACAUAAUGCCUAGUCCUAAUAAUAGGCCCAUAAAGAAUAAUAGUAGGGGUGAUGAAAGAAUUUAUAGGACAAGAAUGAAUGAUAGUAGAGGUGGUGAAGGUGUUCAUAAUUUUAAUAAUAGGUCAAAUGAAAGAUUGAAUAAUCGAUUUAAUGUUAACUUACCUCCUCCACCUCCAAUGGCUCCCCCAAUGAGUAAUAUUUAUAGUAAAAAAGUACCAGAAAUGGCGCCACCUUAUUAUCCAGCUGUCUCCGUUGAACAACCGUCUUACGGUGGACCACCACCUUUGGAAACACC